AUUUGGUUUCUUAGCGUGGGAUAAAUCGCGCCAUUACACUGCGACUCCGGCGUCAAACUCAUCAAAGUUGGAGCUUCAGCGUUUUUCCAAGUUAUUUUAAACCUUCCUUCGCUCCAGUUUGGUUACGUGCUCCUAGUUUCACUUAGCUAAACAAUUGCUACUCCCCUUCCACGAUGGGUCUUGUCGUCCUCCCCGCAUUGAUUCCCGAUAUCGAGAAGAUUUAUGAUGUCUACUUUUCCGCCUUCGGCAACGAUGAAAUGGGCUCCAUCAUGGUUGACGUGCUCUUCCCGUCUGGGGUAAACGCGGAAUUCCGAAAAGCACACACCGCCGCUACCCUGGACUGGUGGCACAAGAACCUCGUGCAGUACACAGUGAAGUGCGUUGAUACCGAUACAGGCGAGAUCGUCGGCAUGGGACUGGGAGACUUGUACCUCACCGAGCGGAGUGAGGAGGAAAGGAAGAACGGAGGAGUGCCGUGGUUGACGGGCAAGGAGAGAGAGAGAGCCGAGGCGAUUCUGGACCCCUUAUGGGCGGUGAAAGAGAAGUUGUUAGGUGGCAAUCGACACAUGUACUGCCAUGUCAUCGGAGUCACUCCAGAGCAUCAAGGGCGGAGAGGGGGCGUCCUUCUUACGGAAUGGGGCAUGGAAUUGGCGGAGAGAUCUGGGGUGCCACUUUAUUUUGAAUCGUCCCCGAGCACGUUGGCCUUUUAUCAGAAGCUGGGUUUCGAGACUCUCUCUGAGAAAAUCGUGCACAAGAAGGAGUUGCUUGGCACGGAGAACGAUAUUGAGGUUCCUCUGAUGGUCAAGAUGCCUUCAGCUGCUGGAGGUAUGACCUUUGAGGAGUGGCGUGCCAAGGGAUACCCGAAGGGCUACAAAUGAAGAAUGAAUUGGUUGACGAGAGCGGAUCGAUGGAAUUGGAAUGAAUGCAACCGAUAUUGUUAGAUAUCAGCAGGUGUCUGAAUGCCCCAACAACGGUAGCAACCACUGACUUUAAUAGC